ACCUUCAGAGUCCUCGACCCCCACCGUCUCACGACCCCCCCUCCCCCGUCCUCAUUGGUCGGAUACCCCAAUUGGAUCUCUUUUCGGGCGUGUGCCAUCGCGAUAUGGACAACCCCGAGAUAGAGCACGCCGCAUCGACGCCGAGAGGUGUUAUACCGUCCACACCACCGGGAGCAAAAAUCGUGGCGAUAGCUAUUGCUGAUGAGCCACCGCCGGCUCCGGCGCGUAGUGACAGGGUGACUGAGGGGACGAUGCCAUGCAUGUCUAAUGUCCCGGUUGGUGAAGCCAUGGCCUCGUGCGAUCGAUCUAGUAGUACUCGACAAGCAGCGAGCCCCACGCCGACGCCGUGCAAUCCGCCUCCGCCGCGGCGGGCAGCUAGCGAGCUCGCUUGCGGUGCCGAACCUCCGAGGGUGCUCGGCAAACGGGCAAGGAAGGACAUAGCAGAAGGCUGUUCUCCCUCCCCUACGGCUACCCGUGCCAUGCGCGCCGGUGUCGAUUACAGCAUGGAGAUGCACACUGGCGAGUUUGCGUCGGACGGCGUGGAUGAUCCACAACAAUGUACGCCGCGUAGGACGCCCUACGGGCGCGCGGGUACGCUCGCUCUAUUGUACACCCCAGGCAGGGUGACAGCCAUGGAGCAAUCAAUGAGGGAGUACGCAAUCGCCCAUCGUGGGGCAAGCCGGAGAGAGCGAACUCGUCGUCAAGCAGGUGUGGAUGCAAUGCAUUGCUUUACUUGAAGAGGACGGACGACGAUGGCUGGUAUGUUGCCGAGCACAGGGCGGAGCACAACCACGCGCUAUCGGACUCAUGUGGUGAGAAGAUUAAUUGGCCAUCUCACAGCCAAAUAGAUAUUCAUACAAAAGGUUUGAUCUGACACUUGCGAGACAACAACGUUUCGCUUGGCAAGGUAUAUGCCAUCAUCGCGAGCUUCUUUGGAACUAUUAGAGACAUCCCAUUCAACAAGCGUGCACUCCGCUCGUUGUGCUGAGCAAUUGGCACUAACUACGUGUAUUAUUUCUGUGUUGAACUGGGCUCUUAUUAGCUAAGUCCACCUAAUUAUCGGAUGUGUAAUAUUUAUGUGUUUACUUUGCAUUUGUUGUAAAAUAAGUCUCGAGCGUGUUUAUCUAGCGUAGUAAAGAAAUCCUCAUUC